AUGGCAAAAAGAAAAUUACCGAAAGAAGUGUAUCAUGAAACUGAAAAUAGCGAUGAAGAGUUUUCUUUUGACUUCUUAAAUACUGACUCUGAUAUAGAAAUAAUAUCCAGCGACAGUGAAGUAGAAGAAAAUGAUGAAAAUGAGAAUAGUAGUAUAAAUGAAUUUACUACCUGCAGAGACGUUACGCACAAAGAUCAAAAAUCGCCACAAUCAAAAAUUAAUUUUUCAACGGGAUCUAAAAUUGUUGGACCUAAUGUACUUAUACAUUGCACGGAAUCUAUCGACUUUUUCAGACUCUUUUUCACAGAUAUACUGCUUGAAAAAAUAGUAUUAAAAACAAAUAAAUAUGCAAAAAAUAAAAUAGAACAGCAGAACUUAUCUAAUCGAUCAACAAGGAACAACUGCGUCGAUGUGACGAAAGAAGAAUUAACAGCUUUUGUGGGCGUAAUCCUUAACAUGGGCAUUAUAUCAAUUCCUAAUAUGAAAUGUUAUUGGACUAAGGAACAUGCUGGAAACAUACCAUUUUUUGGAAAUAUAUUUCGAAGGGAAAGAUUUCUUUAA